GUUCCAGCGGCGUACCGUGCUACUUCCGGUUAGCUCAUAGAGUGAUGUGCAGAGCGGUCUCUUGAAUGUCCAAGCGACUCUGCAAGAAGACAAGUCCUCCUCUCAAUUAAACCCCCGGCUUUAUUCAGUGUAAAUGGACUCUCAAGCCAACUCGGGACCCGUAGUGUGUGAGGUGUGCGGGGCCUACUUUGAGACACGACGGGGCCUCUCGAGCCACGCUCGCCUCCAUCUGCGCCAGCUCGGCGUGACCGUGUCGGAAAACAGCGGGGCUCCCAUAGAGCUCCUCUACCAGCUCAUUCAGGACAAAGACAAAGACCUCAAACCAGAUGCCGCUCCAUCUGUUUCUCCAUCGUUGCCUAAGAAAACAUCCCAGCAGGAGCCAAAGACACCUGUGCCUCCGGAGGACGCUCAUGCUUCCUCCAAGACGGUGGCGAAGGUCAUGAACGCUCAGGGAUCUCCGGUCAAGCUCAAAGAGGCGGGGGCGUCUUUUUUCCCGUCCUCUCCCUCUUCUUCUAGGCCGACUGAAGGCAGCAGCUCUUCGCUGUCAGACCAAAAAACGAUCACCAAGCCGCUGUGGGCUCCACUGGACACUGAUGCUCCGCUUACUUUAGCUUCGGAAACUAACAAUGAGAUCCACGUCUGCCAGCUCUGCGGCUGCUGGUACGAGACGCGCAAGGGCCUCUCUAGUCACGCUCGUGCCCAUCUCCGACAGAUCGGCAUUCCCGACGCCGACAUACAUGGCGGCCCCAUUGAGUAUCUGUACCAGAUCAUGAAGGAGCAGGACUUUGAGCCGAUCAGCAGCCUGCGACGGGACGAGCUUAAAUCAAGCAGCCCCUCCAAGUCCUCCUCCUUCUCCUCAAAGCGUCCCUCUGAUUUUACCUCUCUGCCUACGUCUCCUGCCAGCAAGCGGCCUAAGAUUCCUGAGACCUGCACUUGUGUCCUGUGCGGGGAGAGGUUUGAGAACCGUAAGGGCCUGGGCAGCCACGCACGCUCCCAUCUCAAACACAUGGGAGUGAACGACUUGGUGGGGAAGAGCUCUGCCAUCGAAGCCGUGCAGGAGCUGGUGAGCAGCGGCGUGCUGGAGCCGAUGCAUCUUCCGAAAACGUCCAGCACGGCCAGCUCUUCCACGGCGCCAUCCCCGGCGCCGCCGUCCCCCGUUGUCCCCGUGCCCUCUCCGGCUGCCAGCCAGUCCAGGGCCUCCUUCACCCCCACGGGUCUCUCUCCGAGCCCUUCCGCCAGCUCCCACUCCCCUCAGCCGCUGCUCAACAGGGCGCCGAAGGCGAAGAAGGGAUUUCGGCUGGCCGUGGAUCCGCUUCUCAAGAAACCAAAGCCAGAGCCGAUGGAGAUGGAGAUUUCUGUUGAACCACAGCCGUCCAACGACGACAGCAGCUUUGUGACGCAAAAGGCGCCCGCAGCGGCCAGUUCCUCAAAACCUCCGGAGUCAGACCUGCCGUCUCCACCGACGGUCCUCUGCGACUUCUGCGGGCAGCUGUUCGACACCCGGAAAGCGCUGUCGUGCCACGUCCGCGCUCACCUCCGGCAGCUCGGCCUCACCUGGUCUAUCCGAACUUCCCCCAUCGACCUGCUGAAAGAGGUCAUGCUGCGGCGUGAGGAAAGGAAAGAGCCGCUGCAGAGCGGGUCUUCGGCGGUGGUGGGCAAAGCGGCGUGGAGUCCUCCGGGCUUCAAACGGCCUCCGAAGGAGAAGCCUCUGCCCCGGGAAGGAGCUUCCAGCUCUGCAGCAACGCCCGUUGACUACUCGAUGAAAGACAAAACGCCAUAUGGGAAAUCUGCAGUCUCAAACAUCGAUGCCACCUGUGAACUCUGUGGGUUCGACUUUGAGAACCGCAAGGCGCUGGCCAGUCACUGCCGGGCUCACCUCCGGCAGCUGGGUCUGUACGAGUGGAAGGCGGACGGAGCGACGUCGCCGAUAGAAACCCUAAGCGAACUGAUCCGAAGAGACCCGAACAAGGUGGCAGAAAUAACCAGGCGCUAUCGCUAUGGAGACCUUUACAUCAAGAAGUCUCAGAGAUCUGCUUCUUUGGCCUCGACGUCUAUGAAUUCUGACGCUUCGCCGAGCAGCAGCCACCACUCGUCUCUGCACCACCAUGAGCACAAAGCAAGCAGGAAGGAUCACGGCAUCCGAACAGCGAGGGGGGUCCACGCCCCCCAACACGGAGUCUCCUCGGGGGAUGAAAAUCGCCACUCUCACUCCCGGCAGCCGUCUCGGGCCGGCAGCAUCCCUGCUCUGCUGCCGAAGCCGCCUCUGACUCCGCUGGUCAAACUGGUGGGUAAAAUCUACUCCCUCAAAUGCAGGUUCUGCGACGAAGUGUUUCACGGGCCUCUGUCCGUUCAAGAGAAGUGGAUCACACACCUGCAGAAACACAUCCUGUCUCUGGGCUACAAGGGCAAAGAGGCUCCUUCUUCUCCUUCUUCUCCACCCGCUCCGUCUGCUCCAGCACUCGUCCAUCCGGUGGCCGUAUGAACUGACAAGUGAUGCCCAGACUCCACGAAGGAACAAUGUCUUUAUGUCAAUUUAAAAAAAGAAAAGAAAACUUGUUCCCUUCUUGUCCAUGGGAGGGCAGACAUGAGCCGUGUGAGAGAGAGAGAGAGAGAGAAACAGAGAGAGACAGAGAGAGAGAGAGAGAGAGAGCGAGCAGCGGCUCUGUGUAACCCACUCAGGAAACAUCCACUCUGCACGGUUCUGAUCAGAGCUUCCUCCUCCUGCUCAGAAGAUUAGGUUUUUUUUUUUUUUUUUAGCAAAUCUUUAUUUUGUAUGUUUUCUACUUUCUG